ACAAAGACGCUGAACAGUGUUGGUCCCAGUGCCGACCCCUGAGGAACACCACUCAUCACUGGUCUCCAUGUGGACAUUGAGCCACUGACCACAACCCACCAAGUGUGAUCAUCCAACCAAUUCCUUAUCCACCAAGUGGUCCAUCCAUCAAAUCCAUGUCUCUCCAAUUUAGAGAAAAUGAUGUCAUAUGUGCCAGGGAAGAAGCUGCUAAAUAAUUAAUAUCUCUCAACAGUGUGGAACAGUGUCAAACUUUGCACAGCUGCAGGCAGAUGUCAUCAGUCAUUCUUCACUUAUCUAUUCACUUCAGUAUGACCAACACUGUCAUAGAAAGGCACCAAAUUUGUCAGGCAGUUUGCCUUUAGUGAAGCCAUGUUGGCUGUUACCAGUCACCUCCUUAUUGUUCAUGUGCCUGAGUGUAUUUUUCCAGGAGGAUCUGCUCAUGAAGACUUUACGAAGUGUGAGCAGCACAAGCAUUUUCCCAUGCUUGUUCAUCCCCAAACCACCUAGAUCCAUCCCUUUCCCUGUCUUUGGUUCCUCCCAUAAACCUCCCAUUAUAACUUCUGCAAUCCCCAAAUGCUCUUCCCCUGCACUCAGCAAAGUUUCCCAUACUCCUAGGCAGUAACCCCACUCAGCCUGUAAGGCAUUCUGACAGCUUCUCCCAUUGAUUCAUUGUGAUAGGAUCACCUCCAGGCCCACAGGGCUGAUGGCUCCCCUAUGACAGCCUUAGAAGGAGCUGGGACAGAGGCUUCAUUUCUUCUACUGGGUUAUUUGGGUUCCCCAGCUUGUGAUUGUCUCUUUUUGCUCAUUCAUGUUUGUGCAAAUGAGACUUGUAUGGGUUGAUUGCACUUCUCUGUGGUUCUGGGAUUAGCCAGGUCAGGGCAUUAUUUGGGUUUCCCCACCUGCCAUUGUCCCUAUGUGUGUGUGAAGGUAAGCUUUUUCACACAUAGCCUAACAUUAUGAUGAGCUGCUUCUGUAACACUUUCUGGUCCUAUACACUAAAUUAUCCGACAUUUCUAUUUGAGAAAAGAGACUUUCAAAUCCAGUUAGAGGAGGAGAUUUUUACUUCACCCCAAAUCCCACAUAUAGUAGAUUUUUCCUCUUACUUUCAUGUAUAGUUAUACCAAGGAUAAAAAUAGAGUAGUGUACCAGUAUAGCUCCUGAAGCCAGUGUCUGAUUAACUUUCUCACCCUUUCUGAUUUGGCUCCUGAAAUAGCAGGGAUUUGCUAGAUUAUCUUGCACCUCCUUUCCAUUCUAAGAAGACAGUAUCAUUGAAACUUUCAGGUUUGUAAACUGUCCUCUAAGCAGAUUAGAUUUAGAUCCCCCACUUAACUGACACUAAUGUCAAACGUGGACAGGAGCAGACAGGCAGUGCUGUGAGAGUAACAGGAGGAAGAGGAUCAUUCCUGUAGCACCAUUUUUCUGAUCACGCAUACAUAUGGGGAACAACAGCAGCUCCACAGUGGAUGAUCUACAGGCUGUCGAGAUCCACCACUGGUACAAAAAGUUCAUGAUGGAGUGUCCUUCUGGACAGCUGACAGAGCAUGAAUUUAAACAAUUCUUCGGGCUUCGAGGGCUGGAUCCAGAGGCCAAUGAGUACAUUGAGCAGAUGUUCCGCACAUUUGAUAUGAAUAAGGAUGGAUAUAUUGACUUCAUGGAAUAUGUGGCUGCCCUCAGCCUUGUUCUCCGUGGGAAGAUGGAGCAGAAAUUGCGGUGGUAUUUCAAGCUGUAUGAUGUAGAUGGCAACGGCUGCAUUGAUCGACAUGAAUUGCUCAACAUCAUUAAAGCUAUUCGAGCUAUUAAUGGUGGUGACCAUGAAACUAGUGCAGAAGAAUUCACCAACCGAGUCUUCAACAAAAUUGAUGUGAAUGGAGAUGGUGAACUUUCUCUGGAAGAAUUUGUGGAGGGAGCAAGGAAGGAUGACGAGUUCAUGGAGGUUAUGAUGAAAAGUUUGGACCUGUCACACAUUGUGGCCAUGAUCAACAACCGUCGUCAUAGUGUAUAAAUCAAGCUGGGUGAAAACACUCUGCCAAUAGCCAGAAGGAUGUACAUACACCAGGAAGGAGACACAGCAUUUUUUACAACAAAAAAGUUUCCAUAAACAUGCAUAUGGAACUGCGAACAGAAAGAUACUGUUGUAUUUGUGUAUCUGAGUGCCUGUUCCUGUAAAAAUAUUGAAGCUCAGCCACAUACAUGCAGGACAGGUUCAGAAAAAAUGGAUUUGCACGGCAAUGCUUGACUUGACCUCCUAAAAUUUAAAGGCCAAGUUUCAAGGCAUGUAUUUCCUCUUUAUUCUGUGUCCCUGAUUGCCAAGUGGCAAUGGACUAAAAGUAACACUAAGUUUAUGAAGACCACUGUCAGAACUGGAUGAUGGAAUGUGGAGAAUUUCUGAUGUGUAUAAAGAGGAGCAUCAAACUGUUAUCAAUAUAAAGAGCUAUCGAAAGAAUAUAACUUCCACUGUUCUUGUUAUUGUAUUAGAUCAGAAACACCAGCAUGUUCGUCCAUACAACAUCUGGUUGGAUUUUGUAGUCUCUACAGAAAUAGCUUUAUUCAUAAGAUCUCAGAACCAAAAUAAAAACCAGUCUGACAACAA